AUGCCCCUCGGCGGCAGGACUACAACUCCCGGCGUGCUCUGCGGCGGCGGGACAGCGACUCCCCGGUGUGGCGGGAGCCGCGAGCCCUCAGCCCUGGCCGAGCGGGUCCCGCCGAGCGCGGGCCGCAGCCCGCCCCGCCACCCGCCGCCGCGGGCCCUGCCCAGGAGCGGCGCUCUCUGCUUUGGCAGGGUCUCGGCGGGCGGCCGGCGGAGCGGCGGGGCCGGGCUCAGGGCACUGACCCCAUCUCCAAAGUCCUUCCAGCCUAAUGGAGCCAGCGAAGAAGCCUUGCGGUGUGAAAUCGAAGAGCUGAAACAGAAAGACCUUGCUCUAGACCAGGAAAUUGCUCAACUAUUGUCCGAGGGCUACAGCCUGGAGGAACUGGACAAGCACAUCUCUCUGCUCCAUGAGUACAAUGAAAUCAAAGAUGCUGGGCAGAUGCUCCUGGGCAAGCUGGCUGUUAUCCGAGGGGUCACCACAAAACAGCUCUAUCCUGAGUAUGACCUGGAGCUCAGUGACUAGUCCUGAACCUGGAGACUGCCAUGUCCUGCAAAAGUGACUGUCACUGGGCCAUGGCAAGUUGGUGUCAUGCUGGUUUAGAAGAGACAGAAGGUGGAAAAGGAACCUUUGGAAAAGAGAUGUAGUAUUUUAGAUAAUUUAAUGUACUACCUGAUCAACAGGAUGAUUUUUUUUAAAUUUUUUUUGAAAAGCUGUAGUUCAGGUUGAUGUUGAGCUCCAUGGAGCCUUUGAAUCCGUGCAGUAUCCAGGGGAUAGAGGAAGUGAGGACAUACAAAUGUGCAAUGUAAUAGCUGCUUUGAAAGGAAAAGAAGAAGGGAGGGAAGAAGACAGAAAUUGUGGUGGUUUGGGGGUUUUAUUUUGUUUUAUCAACAAAUCCAGAGGAGUCUGGAUGUUCUGCAUUCUUAUAUUUACCUACUCUGGUAUCUGGAGGUUUUGUAUCAUUUCUGUAGUAAAUGGCAAAAUAGAAAGUUUUGUUGAACUGUCCACUCUGAAUAAAGCAGCCUUCACAUCUGUCA